AUGCAUUCCAACCGAGCAACUCUAUUUCUUUCAGCAUCCUACGCUCUCUUUCUUCCUUGUUUCUCUCUGCCGCUCCAUGAGUCGCCGUUGCAACAACCAGCAGCCCUAGAGCCCAGGGCGACCUAUGCGGUAGUCAAUAUCGAUGGAGGAGGUUCCGGCACGACUCCGGGUGGGUCUCCGGGAGGGUCCCCAGGAGGAGGGAUCGGCGCUGGCAGCCCCGGCACUUCCGGCCCCGGUGGUUCAGGGGGCUCAGGGGGGUCCGGUACCGGCAAUCAGCCCGCCCCGAACCCCGUGACCAUCACCGUGGUACAGACGCCUCCUACCAAGACAGCUGUUCAAACAGUUUUUAUGACGUCGCCCGCAGUCACAAAUCGUAUCACAGACACUGUCGUCGUGACGAAAACGGUUCAGAUUGUCAAUAUCGAGCCCACAUCCACGCCUGCAACUAGCACGGCUCAUCCUCUCCCGACAUCGUCGGCCCAACCAGUGCUACCCAUCGAACCCUCACACUUGACGUCAACACUGGUGUCGAUCUCGUCCUUUUUGAGCUCGUCAACAGCGACACCAACUUCAGUCCUACCCUCAACCACCGAUGUCAUAGUCGUCACUGCGAUUGCUGCUGUCCCCGAACCAAGUUUGAGCAGCAGCACGACAUACGAUGAC